AAGCAGCUGAUAAUUUGAUACAAUGAAAGCAGCUGAAAAAAUCGUUAAAAUGUAACCAAGCAUGAAUUGACACAAGACACGUACAAGAAAUUUUCAAGACUAAAUUCAAAAUUCAAGUUUUAUAAAAUUAAUAGUUUUAUUUUGUAUACAUAAAGGUUGACUAGCAAGAUGUGUGAAGGAAGGCAAAAUCCAAGCGAUGACAUCGCGGCAGUAAUAGAACAAACACGAGACCAAAUAAUGUCGAUAAUAAACACAGUCCGCGAUAGUAUGGUGGAACAAAUGGUCCCCGAAGAUGUACCUGGAACAGAACCAACCGUCUUCGAUAUAGUAGAAUCUCAAGCCAGGAAUUGGCAGCCUACAGUGCAGAAUAUACGCGAGGGAUUGCGGUCGGAAAGACCUGGCUUGUGUCCAGUGGCGCCGGUUGCAAGGCUGAUUGAUUUUGACGACUGCCCAGAAGAGAUUCCUUCUCAUCCCGUACAUGAGUUUGAUAAAAUACCAGAAGAAGAAGUCCGUAGAUUCCAGGAAACCUUUGCAGUUGAUGAAUCCAAGUAUGACGAACCUUUGCAAGCUGAGAGAAAGCCUCCAGCCCCUCCUAAUUGGUGCAUGGAGCCUAAAUGCAUACACUGCGUUGAUGAUCCAAUAUACUAUCUACCAAGGAGCGCGAUUAUUAGAACUCAACGACCACCUGUUUAUUAUGGUCCCCACCUUCCUGAAUAUUAUGGAGAACAACGGCCGCCGCCCGAUGAACAGGAACCGGAACCGCAAGGGGCAGCUGCUUGUACACCCCCACCACCCCCACAAGAACCUCAAUAUCCCGACAUGCCAGAUUUCGAGGCGGAGUACCCUGCUUACUCCAAACGUAAACACGGUACCAGACAACAAUACGAACAAAUAAAAAAAAUAGAACUGGACUUUCGAAGGGCAAACUGGAUCAGAAAGCACAAGAAGGCUCCCAGAAUUGCAACUAAAAAAGCUUCAUGUCUUCCAAAAAACAGGGUGUCCCUUUUACCUCCUAAUAUGCAGCGUAAGGCGGCAGCUGCACAGUCCACUGCAGGGACUUCUGGAGCCGCUCAACAACCACCGGGUAAUCAAGGACAAGGAGGAGCUCGCCCCAAGACUAAACUGUCUGCUCCGGGAACUUCUGGACUAAAAUGUCGAAAACCGACAACUGGCACAAGCCGUCAACAGGGUGCUCCGGGAACUUCAAGAGGUACUGGAGUACCGGCAGGAAGGGGAACCGGACUUAGAAGACCAGCUACUGGAGAUAAUUGUAGGGAAGAAAGACGACCAAUGACAGGCCCAUGACGUAGAUAUGGAUUUGGUCAGAGGUAACAUAGCUCCAGCUGGAGGUCCACCGCCGUCUAGGGUGUGUCCACCAAAGCAGUCGCGGCUGAGCCAAUUAGCGCAGCCCAAACGACGUUGCUGAUCGAGUGACUCAGGACUACAACGAAGAUGAACACAAUGUGCACACACCUAGUCAACGUCUUCACCACGAAGCAAUAAUGUGUAUACAAAAUAAAACUAUAAAAAAAAUAGA